CGCGCACGGCCCCACGGCAACCGGCACAACACAACAAAAUGGCUGCCGCGCCGCUGGGCGCCUGAAGGGAACUACCGGCCCCUCCGCCCGGCCUCGUCCGGCGGGCUUGCUCGGCCCCGCUCCUUCGUGGUUUUGAUGGAUACCUGGCUUUAUUCUUGCAAUGAAGAAAGGUCCUCAGCAGAAAAUUCCCAAAACAAAGAUGCCACCAUCAUCUCACUCUCCUAGUCCAUCUUCUCUUACGUCCAAUAUGAGGUCUAGGUCACUUUCACCUUUAAACGGAUCUGAGACUCUGCCUUUUCAUUCUGGAAGACAGUGGUAUGAGCAAGUUGAGAUUAUAGGUGAAAACACUAUGCUUUUGGAUUACCACGACCAGAAAGAAGCUGAUUCACAUGCAGGAGUUCGAUAUAUUACAGAAGCCCUUGUUAAAAAACUUACUAAACAGGAAAAUUUGGCCUUGGUAAAAUCUCUGAACCUUUCACUUUCCAAAGAUGGUGGCAAGAAAUUUAAGUAUAUCGAAAAUUUGGAAAAAUGUACUAAGCUUGAAAUACUGAAUCUCAGCCAUAACCUAAUAGGGAAGAUUGAGAAGGUGGACAAGCUGUUAAAAUUACGUGAACUCAACCUAUCAUAUAAUAAAAUCUGCAAAAUUGAAGGCAUAGAAAAUAUGCACAAUCUACAAAAGCUGAACCUUGCAGGAAAUGAAAUUGAACAUAUUCCAGUGUGGUUAGGGAAGAAGUUAAAAUGUUUGCAAGUCCUCAACCUGAAAGCCAACAAGAUAUCAUCGCUCCAAGAUGUAAGCAAAUUGAAGCCACUUCAAGAUUUGACUUCUCUGAUCCUAGCUGAAAAUCCGGUUGUGACCCUUCCCCAUUACCUUCAGUUCACCAUUUUUCACCUCCGAUCACUGGAAAGUUUGGAAGGUCAGCCAGUAACCACUCAGGACAGGCAAGAAGCUUUUGAGAGAUUCAGUUUAGAAGAGGUAGAAAGACUGGAAAGAGACCUGGAGAAGAAGAUGAUGGAAACUGAAGAGCUUAAAAGCAAACAAGCACGGUUCCUUGAGGAAAUGAAAAAUCAAGAUAAAUUGAACAAAUCAUUAAAAGAGGAGGCUAUGCUACAAAAAAAGAGCUGUGAGGAGCUCGAGAGUAACCUUAACACGAAAAAUGAACUGCCCUUGUCUUGGUUUCUUGCAGACCCUUGUCUGCCGAUUCUUUAUUCUUCCUUAAAGCUAAGACAGAAGACCGUGGAACUAACGCGAGCAUGUCAGAAACAGUAUGAACUGGAACAGGAGUUGGCUUUUUAUAAAAUCGAUGCUAAAUUUGAGCCACUAAAUUAUUAUCCCUCAGAGUAUGUUGACGUUGAUAAAGCCCCAGAUGAAAGCCCUUACAUUGGCAAGUCCAGAUACAAGAGAAAUAUGUUCGCCACAGAGAGUUACAUUGCGGAUAAUGCCCAGUCAGUUGAGAUCAAGAGGAUGGAGCCAGAGGAAGGGGAGCAACUUAGAAACGAGCAUGUGAACUUGAAAGCCCAUAUGCCACUGGACACACAGCUGGAAGACAAAGAGAACAAAAUAAGUACAGCACAAGCUCGACUAUCAGAACUGCAUGGUGAAAUAGAAAAGGCGGAACAACAAAUUUUAAGAGCCACUGAAGAAUUUAAACAACUAGAAGAAGCUGUACAACUUAAAAAAAUUUCAGAAGCAGAGAAAGACUUUCUUUUCAAGCAGCUGAGUGGCAGGAUACAACUUCUAAAUAAAUUACGCCAGGAAGCUCUUGAUCUAGAAAUGCAGAUGGAAAAGCAAAGAGGAGAAAUUGCUGAAAAGCAGGAGGGGAUCAAGGACCUCCAAAGAGUUAUUGAUAGUCUGGAUUCCGAAGACCCAAAACGUUGCCAUAUGAAGGCUCAGAAAAGGGGUAAAGAACAACAACUUGGCGUUAUGAACCAGCAGUACAGACAGCUUGAGAGCCGUUUGGACGAGAUACUUUCUAGAAUUGCUAAAGAAACGGAAGAGAUAAAGGACCUUGAACAACAGCUUACUGAAGGCCAGAUAGCAGCAAAUGAAGCCCUGAAGAAGGACUUAGAAGGCAUCAUCAGUGGGCUGCACGAAUACCUGGGGACUGUUAAGGGCCAGGCCGCUCAGGCCCAGAACGAGUGCAGAAGGCUGCAGGAUGAGAAAGAGGUGUUGCUGCAAAGGUUGACUGAGGUCGAGCAGGAAAGGGACCAACUGGAAAUAGUUGCCUUAGAUGCAGAAAAUAUGAGGAAGGAGCUUGCAGAGCUAGAAAGUGCCCUGCAAGAGCAGCAUGAGGUGAAUGCAUCCCUGCAGCAGACCCAAGGAGAUCUCAGUGCCUACGAGGCUGAGUUAGAGGCUCAACUAAAAAUGAGGGAUGCCGAAGCCAGCCAGCUCAAGGAAGAGCUGGGAAAACUAACAAGGCUCAGCCAGCUGGAACAGUCAACUCUACAAACAGAACUUGAGAAAGAAAAACAAGCCCUCAAGAACGCCCUGGGAAAAGCCCAGCUCUCGGAAGAAAAAGAACAAGAAAACAGUGAGCUCCGCACCCAGCUUAAACAGCUGCAGGAUGACAAUAACCUGUUAAAACAGCAACUUAAAGAUUUCCAGAAUCACCUUUAUCAUGUAGCUGAUGGUUUGAUUCGUCCAGAAGAAGUGGCAGCUCGUGUAGAUGAACUAAGGAGAAAACUGAAAUCAGGAGCUGGAGAGAUGAGAAUCCACAGUCCUUCAGAUGUCUUAGGGAAAAGUCUUGCAGACUUGCAGAGACAAUUCAGUGAAAUGCUGACACGUUCCCAGCGGGAGACAGAGGAAGCCCAAGGGAGGGAAAGAAAACUCCAGGAAGAAAUGGCUCUGCACCAGGAGAAGCUGGCCGACGGGCAGGAGGCGUUCCGGCAGGCCUGCGAGAGAGCGCUUGACGCAAGGAUUAAUUUUGACAAGAGGCAACACGAAGCAAGAAUUCAGCAGUUAGAGAAUGAGAUUCACUAUUUACAAGAAAAUCUAAAAAGCAUGGAGGAAAUCCAGGGCCUUACAGACCUGCAGCUGCAGGAGGCCGACGAAGAGAAGGAGAGAAUUCUAGCCCGACUCCAGGAGCUAGAGAAGAAGAAGAAACUUGAAGAUGCCAAAUCUCAGGCGCAGGUUCUGGGUUUAGAUAAAGAACUGAAGAAACUAAAGAAGGCUGUGGCCGCCUCUGAUAAGAUAGCCACGGCUGAGCUCACCAUCGCCAAAGACCAGCUCAAGUCCCUUCAUGGAACCGUUAUGAAAAUUAACCAGGAGCGUGCAGAGCAGGACCUGCAGGAGACAGAGCGGUUCAGCAGAAAGGCAGCGCAGGCCGCGAGGGAUCUGACCCGAGCAGAAGCGGAGAUCGAACUCCUGCAGACUCUCCUCAGGGAGAAAGAGGAGCAGCUUCGAAUCGAGAUGGAGAAAGUAGAGGUAGGCACCGGAGGAGCAAGCUCACAGGUGCUGGAAAUCGAGAAGUUGAAUGAGACCAUGGAAAAACAGAGGAGAGACAUCUCAAGGCUGCGGAACUUACUAGACCUCACCGGGGCUGAUAACAGAGGAGGCAUUGAAAAUAUUUUGGAAGAAAUUGCUGAACUCCGAUGUGAAGUUUCUUACCACAAUGAUUACAUCAGCAGCAUGGCAGAUCCUUUCAAAAGACGAGGCUAUUGGUACUUUAUGCCACCACCAUCAUCAAAAGUUUCCAGCCACAGCUCCCAGGCCACCAAGGACUCUGGUGUCGGGCUGAAGUAUGCAGCCUCGACUCCCGUUAGAAAACCUCCGCAGGAUGGGAAGGAAGACGGUGCCCCUCCAGCUGCCUCGGGAUACUGGGUUUAUUCUCCCAUCAGGAGCGGGUUACAUAAAUCGUUUGCAAAUAAAGAUGCAGACAGUGGAGGAGAGAGCCACGAGGAGAGCGAGCCAGAUGACCACGACGACCAGCCGUUCGUGCCUCCUCCUGGAUACAUGAUGUACACCGUGUUCCCCGACGGCUCUCCUGUACCGCAGGGCAUGGCCCUCUACGCACCGCCGCCUCCCUUACCCAGCAACAGCCAACCUCUCACCCCUGGCACUGUUGUGUAUGGCCCGCCUCCUGCUGGUGCCCCCAUUGUAUAUGGGCCUCCACCCCCCAACUUCUCCGUCCCCCUCAUCCCAGUGGGCGUGCUGCACUGCAACGUCCCAGAGCACCACAACCUAGAGAAUGAGGUUUCUAGAUUGGAAGACAUAAUACAGCAUUUAAAAUCAAAGAAGCAGGAACAGAGGAUGAGAGUAUCCAAGCGGCAGUCUGAGAAAGAAAUUGAAGAACUGCAUCAUAAUAUUGAUGACCUUUUGCAAGAGAAGAAAGACUUAGAGCACGAAGUAGAAGAAUUACAUAGAACCAUCCAGAAACAUCAACAGCGAAAAGACUUCAUUGAUGGAAAUGUUGAGAGUCUUAUGAAUGAGCUAGAAAUAGAAAAGUCACUCAAGCACCAUGAAGAUAUUGUAGAUGAAAUUGAGUGCGUGGAGAAGACGCUCCUGAGACGUCGAGCAGAGCUCAGGGAGGCCGACCGGCUGCUGGCGGAGGCCGAGAGUGAACUCGCACGCACAGCGGAGAAGACAAAAAAUGCUGUUGAAAAGUUCACUGAUGCCAAGAGGAAUUUGUUGCAAACUGAGAAAGAUGCUGAGGAGUUAGAAAGGAGAGCUCAGGAGACAGCUGUUAACCUUGUCAAAGCUGGCCAGCAGCUCAGAUUGUUGCAGGCUGACACCAAGGGUUUGGAGCAGCACAAAAUCAAGCAAGAAGAAAUCUUGAAAGAGAUAAGCCAAGUUGUUGCAGCAAAAGACUCAGACUUCCAGUGUUUAAAGGAGAAGAAGGAAAGACUAACAGAAGAUCCUGCUGGCGUUUAUAGGCUGCAGAAGCUGCAGAAAGACAUCGAGAUGGCAGAACGCGCUGAGGAUCAUCACCUGCAGGUCCUAGAAGAGUCGGAGGCCCUCCUGCAGGCCAAGAGAGCGGAGCUGGACAAGCUGAAGAGCCAGGUAACAGGUCAGCAGCAGGAGAUGGCUGUCUUGGACAGACAGUUGGGGCAUAAGAAGGAGGAGCUGCAUCUACUCCAGGGAAGCAUGGUCCAGGCAAGAGCUGACCUCCAGGAAGCGCUGAGAUUGGGAGAAAGUGAAGUGACUGAGAAGUGCAGUCACAUCAGGGAACUAAAAGGUAUUUUGGAAGAACUGAGUUUUCAGAAAGGAGAACUGAAUGUCCAGAUUAGUGAGAAAAAAAAUCAACUUUCACUUAUAAAGCAAGAAAUUGAAAAAGAGGAAGAAAAUCUUCAGGUAGUUUUAGGGCAGAUAUCUAAACAUAAAACUGAACUUAAGAAUAUUCUGGACAUGUUGCAACUUGAAAACAAUGAGCUGCAAGCAUUGAAGCUACAACAUGACCAAAAGAUGUCUGAGUUAGAGAAGAUUCAUGUUGAAGUGCUGGAGGAGAAGCUGGAGUUGGAGAGUUUGCAGCAGACAGCCCUGCGACAGAAGGGGGAGGUGGAGCGGCAGAAGCAGCUCCUAGAGAGGGACACGCGAGAGGCUGAGCGGAUGGCUGCUGAGGCCCGGGCGUUGCAGCUGUGUGCUGAGUCUUUGUGCAAACAAAAGGAAGAUCUCGAGGAGAAAUGUGACAGCUGGGAGAAGAAGCUGGCACAGGCCAAACGGGUUUUAGCAGCCACAGAAGAGAAUAGCAAAGCAAAGCAAUCAGACUUAGAAAGGUUGGAAUUGGAUAUCAGAAAACUGCAACAGGAACUAGACCAACUAAACAGAAACAAACUCUCACUGCACAAAGACAUCGCAGGCCUGCAGCAGCAGCUCCGCGAAAAACGAGAAGCAGUAAACUCAUUACAGGAGGAACUAGCUGACGUCCAAGACCAUUUGAACCUAGCAAAACAGGACCUGCUCCACACCACCAACUGCCAGGAUGUCCUGCUUGCCGAGCAGACCAGGCUGCAGGAGGACCUCCAGGAACGCGUGAAGAAGCUGGAAGGCUGCCAAAAAGAAGAGGAAAGGAAGCAACAGCACCUGCAAGCGCUUCGGAGCGAGGUGGAGGAGAAGGAGCGCGAGCUGGCCCGACAGGAGAUGACGUUUCAGAGACUCCAGAAAGAGAGAGAAAAUGAAGAAAAAAAGUUAGAAGCCAGUAGAGCGGCCCUGCAGGAGCAGCAGCAGCAGCUGGAGAAGGAAAUAGCAGACCAGAGGGGCACGCUGGACCAGGUGCUCAGCCAGGUGCUGGGGGCUGAGGAGCGCGUCAGGACUCUGCAGGAGGAGGAGAGGUGGGGUGAGGCCCUGGAGAAGACGCUCUCCCAAACCCAACGGCAGCUCUCAGAACGCGAGCAGCAGUUGUUGCAAAAGUCAGCUGAGCUGCUGGCUCUUCAGAAGGAGGCGGACUCUAUGAGGGCAGACUUCAGCCUCUUGCGAAACCAGUUCUUGACAGAGAGAAAGAAAGCUGAGAAGCAGGUGGCCAGCCUCAAGGAAGCGCUGAAGACCCAGCGCAGCGAGCUGGAGAAGAACCUUCUCGAGCAGAAGCAGGAGAACAGCUCCAUGCAGAAGGAGAUGGCGACCAUCGAGCAGGUGGCGCGGGACAACCACGAGCGGGCCCGGCGCCUGAUGCGGGAGCUCAGCCAGAUGCAGCAGGAGUACGCGGAGCUCAAGAAGCAGAUGGUAAACCAGAAAGAUCUGGAAAGAAGACAAGUAGAAAUCAGUGAAGCAAUGAGGACACUUAAGUCUGAAGUGAAAGACGAAAUCAGAGCCAGCCUAAAGAACCUCAACCAGUUUCUCCCAGAACUGCCAGCAGACCUGGAAGCCAUUCUGGAACGGAACGAACACCUGGAAGGAGGCUUGGAGAGCUUGAAAGAGAACUUUCCAUUUGCCCUCAGUGAGAAACCAUCACCUUUUGAAGAGAAACUGAAUUUUUCUCACGUUCACAUAAUGGAUGAACACUGGCGUGGAGAAGCUCUCCGGGAGAAACUGCGUCACCGUGAAGAUCGACUCAAGGCCCAGCUCCGGCACUGCAUGUCCAAGCAGGCGGAAGUGUUAAGCAAAGGGAAGCGGCAGACGGAGGGCACGCUCCACAGCCUGAGGAGACAGGUCGAUGCCUUGGGGGAGCUGGUCUGCAGCACGUCUGUGGACUCCACGUCGUCAGCCACCCUGUCUCAGCUCGAGUCUUCCCUGGCAGAGGACUCCCGUCUUGGACCAAGUCAGAGCUCCUUCCAUCAAGUUCUACAAGGUCCAUCACAAUCAGUAGACAGUUACCGACACUGAUGCUAUCCUCAACUUGCUGCUCACAGGGAAUUCAUCCUUGGUCCUUCCUCACCCUGCCGCAGGACAAGUGGCUCAGCCGGACGAGGAAGCCUUUGCCUGAACACGAGCGAACAAGCUUCACCACCACCUCACUGACGUCGCCGUCAGAACGCCACGUGGUUUUCAUCAAGAUCCAGUCAGUUCAGAUGCUGAGAACUCCACUGUCGUUUAUUCCACUUCUACAGUUAGUCAGCGUUUUUGUAAGUCGCCUGUACAUAUGGGAAUAUUGUACAGUUUAAACCAGGGUCUUGUAUGGCGGAGGGUUUUUUUUAACCUUUGAAAUGUGUUAUUAUAAAACCCAUGUUGAUCUGCGUCUAUAAACUGGUAUAUCUAUAGUUAGAAAAAACAACAUACUUAGGAUCCUUAUUUAUAGUGCCAAGAGUUAUUUUUGGAUCUUGUUUAAAAUCUAUUUUCAUAUGAAAAUAAAAGAUAAAAUAAAUGUGGGUCUGA